AACUUUGCUGUGUUUUGUUUUCAUUAGCCGUUGUGAAGGUUUUGGCGGAAAAAAUAGUGGAUUAUAAGACGAAGGCUGUCAUUACAAACGAACUACUCAGGCAAGCUUGUGAUAUAACAGCGGGAUUUCCAACUAUAAUAAAAAGAAUUGUACUUGGAAAUCAAUAUUCAAUGGAGGAAUUGGCUUUUAUGUUUGCUGUGCCGGAUUAUGCAGACACUGAAGGCCUUAAUAUAUUUCAAUGCAUGAAAUACGAACGUGAUGUGCAAGAAGCAAUAUUCGAAGGCAUUAAUUCUCUCGAUGAUGAGUACAAGGAAGUGCCUAAGAUUGAUGCUGCUAAGAUCCCAGAUCCUCUAAUUAGGAACGCUAGUUUAAAGGAUAUUGGUUAUAGUAGAAGAUCAAUGACUAAAAUUCAUCUAAAACAUCUAUUGAGCCGUGUCGAAAGACGAAAGGAAGAAAGUUUUACUGCUAUUCAUGUUUGUUAUUUAAUUGGAUUAUAUAAAAAUUCAACGAUCCCACGAUUUGGAACAUUGCCAUUUAUAAAAACUGCCAAGGUUGACGAUGAUGGCACUUGCAUCCUAACUUCUUCAGAAGACGAUGUUACUUAUUACAAACACUAUAUGUUUGAUAUAUUUCAAUUUCGGCCGGAUAUCCAAAAGAGGAAGUACUUUUGA